UUUAAUCAUCUGUGUGCGAUAUUUAGACAGCUGACGAAAGGCAAUAGCCUAAACAAGCAAACAGAAGGAAUUUACCAGCAAGCAGCAUAGUCAGUGCGAAUCACAUCGAGUUCAACAUUGAAGAGUGCAUGACUGCAUGUUAGCACUCGAAUGGAGGAGGUUUUGAAGAUGGCAGUAAAAAUAUUUGCACUCUUCUUUUUUAUCUACUCAGUGAAUAGCGGACAAGUUAAGUUCCAGAAUUGUGAUAGAAACGCGCCAAUACAAAUCAACAAAAUUGAUCUACCAAGUCCUAUCGAAGUGAAGCCUGGAAGCAAAAUUGCAACCUUCGUAGGUUACACGAACGAGUACUACGCUCCCACGACCAAUACAGAAAUUACAUGGAAAGUCAAGGUGAAAAGAGUUGUUGGUUGGUUCUCACUGGAUGUGUCACGUUUCAUUCCCAAACACAUCCCAAAUUCAAUGAAGUGUGCUGAUCUCCAAAGAGCUUUGUCCAGCCCACUGUGUCCUCCAGUGAGAGGAUAUCGUAUAUUCAACCGAAUUUUCAAAAUUUCACCUUCUUUCCAGAAGAGCACAAUCAACUCUUAUUUUGCCAGCGGGAAUUACAAGAUCGACAUUGAUUUGCACGACAAGUUGACGGGAAAACGAAUUCUCUGCGUAAAGAACGCGGAAGUUAAAAUAGAAUUUUAAAAAGGAAAGCAUUUGAGAUUAAAUGUUGACAUAAUAUGAUGUCUUAACGCA